AUGGGUGGCUUCUUGCGAAUUAACACAUAUAUUUUCGUUGUGGUCCCAGAAAAUCGUGAGAAGAGGCCAAGGGUGGGUUCACCCCUUGGAGAGGAGAGGGCUCUUGAAAUGCCUGCUACACUAGCAACUUAUUCAGAACUAACAUCGAACGUCCAUCUUCUGCAGAGGCCAGGGAAAGAGGCGGUUUCUGGACCUUUCAUUAUUGAUAGAAGCUUGGAAUUUGUGGUUUUGAAGGUGAAAAUAGUGAAGGUGGAGGAUGGGGAGGCUUUCCCACCACUGGAAUAG